UGUUUUGCAGACGGCCUAGCCCUUUGGGAGGCCGGUAAAAGGGCUAUCUGCAAGGUGACCGACCGCGGGUUGGAAACUCUCACCUUUCGCACCAAAAAUGAAAUAUUAGAUCAGUGCACAAUUGGUUAAGCAUUAGGUAAAAACACUUAAAAAGUGGGUUAGUGUGAAUUUUUAAAACAAUUUUCCUGUAGAAAUUUAUUUUAAAAAAUACAUUGUUAAGCCGUUUGUAAAACAUGGCCGAUGAGUGAGGAGAACGGGACGCCAUCCGCCCUUUCACAGGGCAUGAGAGGUCAGAUUUGUAAAACUUUUAAAAAAAUAGUUUUAAAUAUUUUAAUAAAAUUUAAAAAAUUCUUAACUGUACGGUAUAAAUCAGGAGCUCGCCGCCGACGCCGCCUCCGUUCCUCACCACCGCAGCAAUGGCGCCGCCGACCGCCACGCCUCACGUCCUCCUUGUCCCCUUCCCGGCGCAGGGCCACGCGCUGCCGCUCUACGACCUCGCCGCGCUCCUCGCGGCGCGGGGGCUCCGCCUCACCGUCGUCACCACGCCGGGCAACGCCGCCCAGCUCGCCCCUCUCCUCGCCGCGCACCCCGACUCCGUCCGCCCGCUCGUCCUCCCCUUCCCCUCCCACCCUUCCCUCCCCGCCGGCCUCGAGAACACGAUGAACUGCCCUCCCGUCUACAUCGCCGUGUUCAUCCACGCGCUCGCCGCGCUCCACCGCCCCAUCCUCGCGUGGGCCAGGUCGCAGCCCGCGCACCCCGUCGUCGCCGUCGUAUCCGACUUCUUCUGCGGGUGGAUGCAACCUCUCGCCGCCGAGAUCGGCGUCCCGAGGGUCGUCUUCACGCCCUCCGGCGUGCUCGGCACCGCCGUGCCGCACUCGCUCUUUCGCCGCUUGGUGAAGCGGCCCGUGGGGUGCGACGAUGGGUUUCCGGUCGCGUUCCCGGCGAUCCCCGGCGAGCCGGCGUUUGAGUGGAGAGAGAUCUCCAUGUUGUACAAGGCCUACAUAGAAGGCCUCGUAGAAGAGCAGGUCGGCGAGUCGCUGAAGCAGAAUUGUCUCUGGAAUCUGGAGGGCUGGGGAUUCGUGUCGAACACCUUCCGGGCACUCGAGGGGAGGUACCUGGACGCGCCGCUGGAGGACCUGGGGUUCAAGCGCGUGUGGGCGGUGGGCCCGGUGGCGCCGGACACGGACGCCGCCGGCGAGCGCGGUGGGGAAGCGGCCGUCGCAGCCGGCGAUCUCAGCGCGUGGCUGGACGCCUUCCCGGAAGGUUCGGUCGUGUACGUGUGCUUCGGUAGCCAGGCGGUGCUGACGCCGGCCAUGGCGGCGGCACUGGCAGAGGCGCUGGAGCGGAGCGCCGUCCCGUUCGUGUGGGUCGUGAGCGGCGACGGCGUGGUCCCUGAAGGGUUCGAGGCGCGGGCGGCGGCGGCGGCGCGCGGGAUGGUGGUGCGCGGGUGGGCGCCGCAGGUGGCGGCGCUGCGGCACGCGGCGGUGGGGUGGUUCAUGACGCACUGCGGCUGGAACUCGGUGCUGGAGGCGGUGGCCGCCGGGGUGCCGAUGCUGGCGUGGCCCAUGGCGGCCGACCAGUUCGUGAACGCGCGGCUGCUCGUGGAGGACGCGGGCGUGGCGCUGCGCGCGUGCGCGGGCGGGGCCGGCGUCGCGCCCGACGCCGGCGAGCUCGCGGCCGUGCUGGCCGACGCGGUCGGGGAGAAGGGGAGCGGCGCCCGGGCGCGCGCCAAGGAGCUCGCCGCCGAUGCCGCGAUCGCGGUGAGGAGCGGUGGGAGCUCCUACGAGGAUCUGGAGCGGUUUGUGCAGGAGAUUCAGAAGCUUUGACUGCACGUGUAAACGGUUGAAUUCGUGUGAGAAUUUCUCGUUCGAAAUGGAGGCUCAGCUUUCGGUGUCUGUUGCAUAGCUGAACAAACCGCGCAUGGCAUGCAACUACCAGUCUACUUAUGCAAGCGUUUGCAGGAAGCACCUGAAAGACUGAAACUUUCUGUCACCUUCUGAUUGAACAAACUACUCUAUCGAUCUUCUGAUAUAUCUCUCUGCAAGUCAAGGUACUACAAUUAUGGAAUGGCCCCAAAUUGUGUAACGUCAACUGAUUACAAUGAGAUGUCGAACAAAAGAAGAACAUGAAACGUGAACUGAAAACCUUCAAUUCUUCUAUGGGACAGCCAAACUAGGGGAACUGUUUGUGCAUAGCUGGAGGUUUGGCCUGAGGUGCCCAUUAAGUCAAAAGAAGUUUGUUAUGGCAUUUGCAUGGGGCGUACUAGGACCCCAAAUGAUUGGUGUCCUCCAUUGUUGUGCAGGUGGACUGUCGCUGGAACAAAUGGAGCACAUUCAUUUGGAGAAUUGGUUGUUUUGGUCGUUCGGCGUCACAAUGCAUAAGUUCUCAUAUGUACUAUGACCAAAAAUCGAGUUAGUUAGGUGCAAUUAUCUGAUUUAAUACUGAUACUAAUUCAGAUUGUUAGCUUAUAAGUUCAUAGCACAACUGGUCUUGGUGCUAUAGAUGCUGUCACAUGGUACUUUUUUGGUUGAAUCGAUAGGUAUCAGUGUUACUAGCAACAAAUUAAUGCAAGUGCACCUAGUGUUAGUAGAGACAAAUUAGAGAAAAUCCAGUAGCUAGCGCUUGUGCUCCUUGAAAAUCUGUACAAACAUAACUGAUUCAGCAAAGGAAGCCAUGGAUAUUUUUAUCAGAAGCACCGAUUAUGGGCAAUUUCUUGUAA